GUCAUUUGGACUCCGUAUGUUUGAUUUUGCUUCACAAGCUUUGUGCAGAGAAAAGAAUUGUUAGGGCUUUGCUGGAGUCUCUAUGAUCCCCGACGAGAGUUCAGGCCCUAGACAUUUUUUCAUCUUAAGAUGAAACCUCAUUUUAAAAACAACGUCGCAGAGAUGGAGUGAGGGAAAUGACCGGUGCCCACAUUGCUUCACAUUGCUCUGCAAUUAGGCCAACUAGGCUGUCGCUUAGUUCAUAUCCUUUGUGGUCAAGUUGGCCUCCAAGCCAUUGUUUAACGUUGAUUCAUGAUUAUGCCUUUUGCUUGCCUGGAUGGAGGACUGAGCAUUGCGUGGUGGGGGGAAUGCUGUGUUAUUUUUCUAGAAAAAGAGGUGCCAGAACUCACUGUGAACAGCCUCCCUUGUUCUCUUAUACAUGGCAAUGAGACCCACCUAGGAGAUGCCAGGACUGAGUUCCACCAAGUUCCAGCUGAAAAAUAGCCCAGUAUGUUGAAUUUAGCUUCCUUUACAAAGAUUUCCUUGGAUGCUCCGGUCCUUUGCCUGUCCCAGGGGAUGCCCCAGUUCACCUUUGCUUGCUUCUGUGGGCUCCAUGGCUUCUGCAAGAUGAAGAGGAAGAAGGAAGAGGCCAGCGCUGAGCAAGAGACAGCAGUGUGACCUUUUCUUUGUGAAUCAUCUUACUUCUCUCUGUUGAGCUGGAGGAGCGCAGCAACUGUGAGACUUUGCAGGCUUGGGAGGAAAAAAAACCUCACUCUGUGCAGACAGGAAUGUAACUGAGGAUCCAGAAGCCAAGCUGGGCAAAAUGGCAGUUCUGCACGGUGUCCUAUUUAGAAUUACUCUGAGCCUUAGAGACGGUAAAUGACAAGUUUUUGUGACCAACUGGACGGUGCAGGACAUGCACAAAUUGCAGGAAUGAAGCCAAGGAAAGGAGAAUGAGUCAAAUACCUUGUUGUACAGCUUCCUGAAGACCCCCAAGAAGAAACUGCGCUAAAUUAUAAACAUGAACAUCUUUCCCAACCUAAACCUCUCUGCUAUGUACACUUGCACUACUAAUGCUAGAAUCUUAAACUGUGAAAUAGGAAUAAAUCCAAUAAAUGACUGGCAUUUAAAGGUAUUACAAAAAUAUACGUAUCAGGUUAAUUUCAGGUUGUACAGUUACUGCAUUCCAGUGUUACCUAAAGUUGAAAGGAUACUUUAAAAAAAUCACAAUACAGCUGUAUGGGUUUUUUCUUUUUGCACUGCGGCUGAUGUGGCUAUAAGAAGCACUUUAUUUCUACAGGGUCAGUAGAUAUAAGUUUUGGGAUGAGGUUAGACCAGAGUCUAAACGUUCAUGGCUUUCUUGCUUGCAAGGAUACAGUCCCUCAGGAGACAGAAACAAAGAAAACCAAACAUCUACUCAGUGUCUCUUACCUUCUACUUAUAGCCUAUUGCUAUAACCAUCUGAAGUGUUCUCUGAAUUUCAAAGCUGAAUGCUUGGGUGGUCAGUGAAUUUAUGAAUUUUUUAGAGGGUGGCUGAAAAUGUUUUAUAUUAUUUUGUCUAGCCAUAGAAAAUACUGCAGUGACCAAAUCUUGUCAUAAUUAUCAUUGUAAGCAACAAGCACUAUAUUGAAAUUGGUUGAAAUCCUGUGCAUAUUUAUGUAUGCAGUAUACAAAACUGGGGGCUGGAUUGAUUCUGCAUCUCUGAUUAAUGGAAAGAAUUGUUACCUACCCCAUCUGUUUAUUGAAUGUACCUGCAGUCAAUUCGCACAGUCACAUUUAUGAGUGACCAACACGUGUAUAUAGACCACUAAUUAUUCAAGUAAAGUCUAUAUAGAUUUAUAUAUUUAUCUGUGUAUACACAUAUAGUCUAAGUUUACUCUUAAUUAUGCUGGAGCCUAGCUAGUGCACAGCAAUUUAUUUUUGUUUUAAAAUGUCCUACGUUCUCUGAAAUACAUACUGUAUGUAUAACCUAGAAGUGGGCAUUGGUUAAACCCAGCAGCUUUGAGAUCCUUGGAUGUACACACCUUGGACCUACCGGAAACAUUACAAGGCAAUUAUAUAUCUUUGUGAAAUAAAUUAGAAACUCAAAUGUUUCUUUAGUUAGGCUCAUGAAAGCUGUUUUUCCACAGGGCGGAGAACUUGCUGAGAAGUUACAAAGACAAACAGUUAACUCUUUCUGUCUUUGAUAUAUGACUCUAACAAGUUCCUCUUCUGGGAACAAUGACACUGAUUGUGUCAUUGGAGAUAACAGUAAUAUUGUAUGUAUUCAGGGUCAAAGGUGCUAUACAAGAGCUAAAUGUUAGCGAUAAAGCACAAGCUUCAGUCCAUUCCUUUUGACAAACUACUUAAACACAUACAGUACUUAUAUCUAGCUGUAGGCUUUGAGAAUCACAGCUACCUUGGAAGUUAGUUCCUUUGAACUUGAGCAGAGAGUCUUUGAAAAGGGAUGGAAUCCUGCUUGGCAGGGGGUUGGACUGGAUGGCCCUUGUGGUCUCUUCCAACUCUAUGAUUCUAUGAUUCUAAGUGUGCCUCCAAACACUUGCUAGGCCAGAGCUAAUGAUAGUGGUCCAUAUUCACUGUUACUGUAAUUCCCGUGACCUCCAUGGAUGUUCAAAACUCUCCACAUUUAAAGGUACUGAUGUGUCCUUAACAGCCACCCAAACCUCCUCUGAGCAGUGCAUGAGAUUCCAAGGUUCUUGGCACUUAACCAAGGAUUGUGUUUCAUUUGGAGAAUUAAGGCACAUAUACAGUGUAAUGACAUCUUGAACAGGAUAAGUGGCAUAGCCUGUAUUUUUACACUGCUCUUUGUAUCUUCCCUUAAUACUCCAAAUAUGAGCUAAAUGAUAGCAUUUACUAAUUUAAGAUUUUAGGGGGGUCUGCCUGACAACCCAUAACAAUAUGUUUACUGCCAUUAACCGACAACCAGGGUAUCGAGACUCAUUAUAUAGUCAUUUUCAAGCCACAUGUUCCAGAAUUGGCCUCCACAGUCACAGUCACCAUAAAACCGUGUUUAUGGAAGACAAUCUUACUCAGCUACAAGUGAUCGCCAAAUAAGAAGACUCAUUUAAAACACUGGGGUAUCUAAUGCAUCCAGAAUGCAUGUAUCAUCCAUGGGGAAUAUGUCCUGCAGUUCCUAGAUGUAAAUCUACAGUAUGUCAUGGACAUCAGAAAUGGUAGGGAUUGUGGUACUGGAAUGGCUGAAGAAAUAGAUAAAGGCACUGCCUGUAACAAGGGGAGCAAAUAAGAGUACUUGAGGGCACGGGCAGAAAUACAACUUGGCAUAGACCUUGAUGCCUUUGCAUGUCACUCCCUCUGAAAAAGUCUGCUGCCUCCAAGUUCAUUAUAAAGGAUGUCAUGUUUAGGAAGGUUUCUUCUGCCAUAAUUAUGGGUCGUGCCCCAUAUUAAACCUCCACCUGCCCCCAUCACUGGUAGCUGUUACUUGUUACACAUGCUCUGUUCAUCUGCGAUACUUUGGCCAACUUUUAGAGCUGGCAAGACCAAACUGUGUAGUAGUUAACAAGAGACAGUCAGUUGGGUCAUGUCAGGACAUAUCUCUGCAGCAGGGACAAGAAGCGAGUCUUAAAUGUUCCUAGCAUAGCCCCACAGUCCAUCCCCCUCUGCUGCGGAAGAUUUGUUCAGAUCUUACUGCACGGAAAAUCUUGAGCCUAUCUUGAAGAUUGAAUGCCUUCUGUGUCUUGUUUUGUUUGCUCACAUUGCAUCCCAACUCCGAAAUGUCUAUUCAGGCUUCUUUGUGGGAAACCCCCUGGACAUAAUGGUAGAUGAAAAUAGAUGUUUCUAUAUUAACUAUUUUUAGAUCUCAUUGUAAUUGUGCCUAUCAUGCAGAAAGUUCUUGCCUUGCUAUGCCAUACUGGUUGGUCUGAUCUCGAUCUCCAGCUCUUGUCAGUAAAAAGGAGUCUUACUUGAAUUGAGGACAGGGAAACACUAAGGCAGAAAAUGUCCCCGAAGCAGGCUACGUUUAUUUCUUCUCCCCUUUUUGCUCUCUGGAUUCCAUCUUAUAGGAACCUAAAUAGAAAUGUAGUCUUCCAGCCUCAGUAGCCAUAGAAACCAGCUAUUUUUAUCUAUUUUGCAUGAUAUCAAUAAAUGACUUUUUCUACACUGGAUAGACAGGUCAACUCAUCUUCCUGCUAACUGGAUGUCCUUAAUAAGCCAUGCAUAUCUGUUGUAUAAUAUUGUACACUGAGAAGAGAAAACAGGAUUGUUUGUAAGUGCACAAAGGAUUCUGCUAUGUAGAUAAUUCACAUUCUAUUACAUACCCUUUCAGAGAGAGAAAAUAUUUAUGAGAAUUUUUAGAAUACACCCUUUGUAGUAUUGAUUUAUUUUUUUAAAAAAAAAUGUAUUGA